UUUCGCAAAUCAUCAGUGGAGCUGUGUAUACAAAUGUGUGUGUGAGAGAGAGAGGGAGAGAGGGAGAGAGAGAGAGAGAGAGAGAGAGAGAGAGGGAGAGAAGGGGAGAGAGCAAGAGGAGAGUCAGAGCGAGGCAGAAGCCAGCCGUCGAGGCAGGACUCCCGAGCUCAGGGCAGCCAACUGAAACAAGAGCGAGACAAAGCCUCAGAAGUCACUCCUGAGCUACACUUGUUCCACUGCGGGUGCCGGCUGGCCGUGUCUGUGAGUGUGUCCGUGCGACAGAAAGCCAGAAGGUCCAGGUGAGCACUAGAACAGAAGGACAACGCGCUCACUGGCCUCAGUGGAUGGACGAUUUGACCAGGGUGUCCUCCAAGAGCUGAGACUAAGCAGUGGGGCAGUCCAAAGCUGGGCAAAUCUGGAGAUUAUAACUGGAGUCUGUGGAAUCAAGAGGCAUUCCAUAGCUAUCAACAUGACUGGAACCCUGGCUGUAACCAUGGAGUAGCGGAUGCUGCCCAGAUGGUCAACCAUUUCCUGGAGACCUUUUCCUCUUUCCAACAUCCAAUAGAUAAUACCCAGUCACCAGGCAGUCACAUCCAAUAGGCAAUAUCCAAUCACCAGGCAGGUAACGCCAGUAGCCAAUAUCCAAUCACCAGGCAGGCACAUCCAAUAGCCAAUAUCUAAUCACCAGGCAGGCACAUCCGAUAGCCAAUAUCCAAUCACCAGGCAGGUGCUCAAUCAAGCACACACUGUAAUACAGUGACACAUAAAUUAUCACUGCAAGACAAGUUCUGCCCACUUUUUCUCAACAUUAAUUCACAAGCCCUAAUCUUCAUCUUAUUUGACCUCUUAACGAGCCUAUGUGUAAAAUGGCCAAGAGCAUCCUCUUUCAUAUGAGCUCCUCAGGGGGCUGAGCCAGUGUGUCUGGUCAUGGGGCGACGAGCAGCUGACAUCACCAAUCCAGUGACAGAGUUAGGUGUACCACUGGCGGAGGGGCGGAGCUGGAAGAUGGGGGGCAGUGAAAAAGUUGGUGGGAUGUUGCCACAAAAAUGGGGCCCCCUUUGCAGUGUGGGGGUGCAGACAUCCCCUGGACUCCAAGCGCUGACCUCCCUAAAGAAAAGGAAACACCCUGGCCAAUCCGAGAACACUACCAGCCAACAAGGUGGAGGCGAUGUCACAGAUGCUGUGGUGACCUCACUAUUGAGGAUUUCCCAUGAGUCAGAAGUUGAUGUCACUAGGGAAUCCUCACAGAAUACAACUAAUAGCAUCACGCAAGGUGCAGUAAAUGCAGAUGGGGGAGGCGGGGUCUACUGCCAUCGGAUGAUCAAGCUGAAUACUGCACAAUCAGGAGGACCAUCGAGCUGCCAGCUGAAAAGCAAUAGAAGCUCCCGGUACACUAACGGUAGCAUUGUUGCAUCAGAAGCAGUCGGUGGAGUGAUCUCUGAUGCCGAUGAAGGGGUGGAGCCAGUGCCUAGUACACCCAUACAACAGGACAGGGGGCGGGGCACAAAAGAUUGGCAGGCCAGUCCUCGGCCCUGCCCCCUGGCUCCCCGGCUGUGCACUAAGUGUGGCCGACGGCAGACCCCCACCUCGACCUGCAUGUCUCCAACCUGCCGUAGGAGGACGGCCCUACUGAAAUCAAGUGGGGUAGUCCCCCUGACACAUGCAACACCCAAAUCAUCUAGUCCACCUUCCCCGACACACACAUAUCCAAAACCAUCUAGCCUCACCCCACCAUCACAAAGACCAACAACCCAAGCUACCACACAGGCUCUGCCCACUCACACACUCUUUAAGCAAGCCAUCCCUACUCCCCAGAAUCCCACAGACUCGCAACCUAGUACACCUCUUCCUUCUACAUACACACUCCCCACACCAACAACCCCAGGCACCCCAAACAAAAUCCCUGACUCAGAAGCUCCAGCAGAACCUUCGAUUGCUUCAAGCCACCAAGUGGACCCAGCUCUGUUGUUCCCAGAUGCCCACAACCAUCACGUUCUUCUGUCAACACCGGCAAUCCCACAAUGCAACGGCAUUUCCGGGGGGCUCCACAGUCGGCUGCAAAGCGUGGAGGAGAAUCUAAUCUACAAUCAAGAGAAGAUAAAGGUCCUGCUCAACGUCAUUCAGGACCUUGAGAAAAACAAGGCUCUAAGUGAAGGUCGGUGUUCCUACAGGACUGGACAAGACUUGAACAACUGCUCCACGUGCCAGACCAUGGCCUGCAUCAUUUACAGUGUGGAACAUGACUUUCGCCUGCAGGAAGACCGUUUCAAAGGCGUUCUGGAAUCCCUUGAGAGGGAAUAUGACAUUCCAAGUCUAGAACCUCCUGUUCCUCCAAUAACCAGCUACAAGAACAAAGUGAAGAAGCUGCGCAGGAAGUGCUUUUGGUGGCUUUAAACCCUGACUGGCCUAUUCUUUCAGUGGCUGUGGGGGAGGCUUUCAAUAUCUGUCAUGGAAAUGCAGUCUUUUGCCGAUGAUUCUCUACCGAAUUCUCCUGUCCAACUGGUUUGCCCCAUGUCAUGCUUUCCAGAAAGAGUUCAAGGAUAAUGUCCUCCAGGACCUGCAGGUGUCCCCAGCUGUCUUCCAUGCACCCACCAUACUGCUACACGAUACAAGAGGGACUGUCUCUGGUCAGUUGUAAUCAUGACAAGACUAAACCUUCUGGUCACACAGAGAAAUGAACAAUCCAUCUCCUUUCCUUGAAUAGCACAAGCCUCCAUUGCUAGGAGAGUGAUGGACAUUUGUGAUAUAUGGAGUACUGAAGAGAUUGCAUUGAAUAACCAUUAUGGUGUCACAUAGAGAAGAGGCGGAGGUCUGUGUGCUGCAUCCUAAUCAUGCUGCAGUUGUCAAGUGUGCACCGGAGUUUACUUUCUCUGCCGACUGCCGAUCACAAAAGUGGUACAGAGGGUGUCACACAUGCAGUAGAUGCUCUAUAGCCUGCCAGUUAUAAAGGUGGUGCAGAGAGUCUUACACACACAGUCGCUGCUCUGCAGACUGCCGAUAAUAAAGGUGGUGCAGAGGGUACUACACACAGCUGCUGUCCUUGCAGACUGCCGACAAUAAAGGUGGUGCAGAGGGUCUCACAUACACAGCAGAUGCUCUGCAGACUGCUGAUCAUAAGGGUAGUGCAGAGGGUAUUACACACAGCUGCUGUCCUUGCAGACUGCCGAUAAUAAAGGUGGUGCAGAGCGUCUCACAUACACAGCAGAUGCUCUGAAGACUGCUGAUCAUAAGGGUGGUGCAGAGGGUAUUACACACAGCUGCUGUCCUUGCAGACUGCCGAUAAUAAAGGUGGUGCAGAGGGUCUCACAUAUACAGUAGAUGCUCUGCAGACUGCUGAUCAUAAGCAUGGUGCAGAGGGUAUUACACACAGCUGCUGUCCUUGCAGACUGCCGAUAAUAAAGGUGGUACAGAGGGUCUCACAUACACAGCAGAUGCUCUGCAGACUGCUGAUCAUAAGGGUGGUGCAGAGGGUAUUACACACAGCUGCUGUCCUUGCAGACUGUUGAUAAUAAAGGUGGUGCAGAGGGUCUCACACACACAGCAGAUGCUCUGCAGACUGCUGAUCAUAAGGGUGGUGCAGAGGGUAUUACACACAGCUGCUGUCCUUGCAGACUGUCAAUAAUAAAGGUGGUGCAGAGGGUCUCACAUACACAGCAGCUGCUGCCCUAUAAACUGCCAAUUAUAAAUUUGGUGUAGAGGGCCUCACACACAGCUACUGCCCUGCAGACUGGUGAUUAUAUAGGUGGUGCAGAGGGUAUUAGAUGUAGCUGCUGCAAUGCAGACUGUCGAUUGUAAAGGUGGUGCAGAGGGUCUCACACACACAACCGCUGCUAUGCAGACUGCCAAUUAUAAAGGUAGUACAGAGGGUAUUACAUACACAGCCACCGCUCUGCAGAUUACCAACCAUAAAGGUGGUGCAGAGGUAGUUGCUGCUUUGCAGACUGCUGUCCAUAGUAACAUGAAGGUCCGGAGGUCCGGUGAGGGAUGGCUGUCUGGUUGAUUGGUGCCUCCUUAUUACAGAGAUGCAGCCUGUAUUUUUUACUUAGUGUCACCAGUAACUGAAACAAAACAAGACCCACACUCUGCCAUGUUGAGGUGGCAGGUUAAAUGCCCCCAGGUCAAACGUGAGUAUACGCUUUCUUAUUUGUGUGAUACCUCUGCUGCUCUGCUCCAGGUAAAGAUAUUUGACCUCUUACUAAUCUGUACCUCCUGUCAGGUGCCCAAACUCUUUUCCGUCAUUUUCCUUCUCUCCCCCAUUCUCUACAUCUGUCAUUUACUCCGUUCCAUUCUUUAGAUCUCCUCAUUCACUCCUCACCCUUACUAAUGAAAUUCACUUGCAUAGGUGUAGAUUUAGGAAGAGACAAUGGCAAUGGCUCCCAUUUGUUGUUGAGAAAGUGAAUAGCUGUCCCACUCAGAAAUACGUGACCAUCGAAAAUUUUGUAUGGUGUUGUAUUAGCUGUGUCCCACAGGGUUGCACAUAUCUAGUAAUUACAAUACAAGCACUUAAAACACAUAUAGAGGCAGAACAAUAUAACCAUCCCAUAUUUAUAAAACAUUUACAUAACCAGAAGUUUUUUUUUAAUUGUCUCUAUUACGAUUGCUGUUGCACAGCGCAUCCUGCAAUCCUUCACCUGCUCUCAGUUCUUGCGCCGUUCUUUGUUAGCACACCUAUGAAAAAUCUAUGAAAGCAAAUAAAGUGUAUUUUCAAUUAGCUGUCGUGUAUUUAUUCACCUUUUUCGCAUUUUAUUGGUUCUCUAGUUGUGUGCGAGUGUGUGUGUGUGUGAGGGAGGGGGAGCCUGCAACAUGGGUGAGGAAACACUGCCCCUCGCUGCAAACCACUUCUUGCAGCACUUGCACUAGUUCCGGCUUGAAAUUGAAAACUUUGACACACGUCGGUGUGCCGGGUCAGUAUGUACCUUGGAGGCCUAUCGCUCUCAUUUCCAUUUCUCAUUUCCUCCCUCUAAUUCCAGACACACGCAUUCAUGCACAGGCAUACAGGAACAGAGACGGGAUGCAUGUGCACAGGUACCGGCAUACAGGCACAGAGACGGGACGCAUGUACACAGGUACAGGCAUAAAGGCACAGAGACGGGAUGCAUGUGCACAGGUACAGGCAUACAGGCACAGAGACGGGAUGCAUGUGCACAGGUACAGGCAUACAGGCACAGAGACGGGAUGCAUGUACACAGGUACAGGCAUAAAGGCACAGAGACGGGAUGCAUGUGCACAGGUACAGGCAUACAGGCACAGAGACAGAACGCAUGUACACAGGUACAGGCAUACAGGCACAGAGACGGGACGCAUGUACACAGGUACAGGAAUACAGGCACAGAGACGGGACGCAUGUACACAGGUGCAGGCAUACAGGCACAGAGACGGGACACAUGUGCACAGGUACAGGCAUACAGGCACAGAGAAGGGACGCAUGUUCACAGGUACAGGCAUAUAGGCACAGAGACGGAACGCAU